AUGGCCAAGAACAAACGAAAGAAGUACUACGCAGUCGCCAAAGGCCACAAGACUGGUGUCUAUAAGUCCUGGGGCGAAUGCAAGGAGCAAGUGGAUGGGUUCUCCGGCAAUCAAUACAAGGGAUUUGCAACAGAGUCACAAGCCACGGAUUAUAUCCAAAAAACCAAUGACACUGGCAACAACGCCUCUUCCUCGACCCCACCAGGCGCAUCUAGUCCAACGGCCUCCUACACACGAUCUAUCACAUACGAGGGCCCCCGAAAGCGCAUCCGCCGAGACGACUACAGCACAAAGGAUCAUUACAAACAAACCCGAUCAACCCCGCCUACUAGCGCAAGCACACCAAGCUCCCAUGUCAGCACUCCCUACGAAAGUAGCUGUUAUGCCUACUUUGGUGCACAAGAUGAAGACGAUCCGUUGCGAGACUACUAUCAUUCGCAUGGAUUUUAUGGAUUUAGGUAG